AUGUCAAGUCAAAGACAAGCAUCCUCCGCCUCUCAAGUGCCCCACCUCUCACCCGCCGAACUCUCCUACCUUUACACCUCCCUCAGCCUCCCCAAGAACCCAAUCCGACCAGACGGUCGCUCACCUACACAAUUCCGUCCUCUGUCUGCCGAGACGACCAUCCUGCCCGGCGCGAACGGUAGCGCGCGCAUCGGAUUCGCAGACGGCACACAAGCGAUCGUCGGCGUGAAAGCAGAAGUCGAGAAGACCGUUAUUGCAGCCGACACGCUCGACUCGCGCAGUCUGGCGCAGCAUGGCGACGCACUGAACCGCGAGGGCGAGGAGGGCUCGGCCGCUGUCUCGGGACAGGGAGAGUGGGUGCAGAUGUCGAUUGAGAUCCCCGGGUUUAGGGACGAUGAUGCCCUGCCUGUGUUUUUGAGUGAGAUGAUGCGGGAGAGUCUAGUUGGUUCUGUUUCUGGUGGGAGCGGGGAUGCGAAGGAGAUGGCCGGUGGGUUGAAGGCGAGACUUGUUAUUAACAAGCGGUGGCAUUGGCGCUUGUAUAUUGAUGUUCUGCUUCUCUCUCAACCUCUCGCAUACCCUCUCCCCCUCCUCUCGCUCACAACCCACCUCGCCCUCCUCAGCACUAAGCUACCGAAACUCAAGUCCACGGGUGAAGAAGACCCUUUCUUCGACGAUGACUGGGCCGCCGCGGAGUAUCUCUACCCGCGCUCCAAUACUUCAAAAUCUCCUCUCUCCGCCGCACCAUCAUACCCUGUCCGCCCACCUGUAACGCUGCUAGUGAUUUCCGUCGGUGAAAACGUCAUCUUCGAUCCUAACCGCGAAGAAAUCGCCGUCGCAGACGCUGUCCUGGCUAUCUCUGUUACGCGCAGCAGUGACUCCGAGACUCUGAAACUGCUAUCGAUCCGCUCGAUCGAUCCCCCUCCCGCCUCACUCAGCCGGGAGUCUGGUGGUCAGGAGGAGGUUGAGGGUGUCUGGCGUCCGCGAAGGGGUGGUGUCAAGCGCAAUGUUAUUGCACGUAUGAUUAAGAAUGUCCUCGGUAAGGGCGGUGUUGGGGAGGAGGUUCUUGAGGGACUUGAGGGGGUUGUGGUGCAAUGA